GAACCCCUGCUUUUGGUGGGGGGUUAUUUAAGGCCGCAGGGUCCUUCGGUGUCUUUUGAGUGUCUUGUGUGUAUACAUAUAUUUUUUUUCGCUUUUUUUUUUCUGCUCUUAACGUUUAUAAAUAUACAUUUAUUGAGCGUGUCCACGUCUCCUCGCUGAACCUUAGGCAUCCCUUUGGCACCAUGUCCUGUGUGCAUUAUAAAUUUUCCUCUAAACUCAACUAUGACACGGUCACCUUUGAUGGGCUCCACAUCUCCCUCUGCGACUUAAAGAAGCAGAUUAUGGGGAGAGAGAAGCUGAAGGCUGCCGACUGCGACCUGCAGAUCACCAACGCACAGACGAAGGAAGAAUAUACUGAUGAUAAUGCUCUAAUUCCCAAGAAUUCAUCUGUGAUUGUGAGAAGAAUUCCUAUCGGUGGUGUUAAAUCUACAAGCAAGACAUAUGUUAUAAGUCGAACUGAACCAGUGAUGGGAACGUCAAAAUCAGUAUGUAAAAACACAAUCUCACACUUUUUCUACACAUUACUUUUACCUUUAUAAUGUAGCAGUGAAGUAAAUAUUUUUAGAACUAAAUAUCCAUCCAGUCAUAAUACAUGUUGUCAAGAAAGUGUAUUUUGAUAACAGCUCAGUUGAAAAUGGAUAUAUGUGGCAUAAUUUGCACAUCUAUUUUGUAGAGAUGGGUAAUUUGUGCCCCCCCAACAAUGUUUCAUACGAAUAUGGGAGCAUUCCCCAGUAUGACACUGUGUUGUACAGUUACUGUAUAAUCCUCUAUAGAUCAUGUAGGUUUGACACUGAUGAACAUGAUAACAUGUUCUACAUCUGUCUGUCUAUAGUUAGUAUUUUGUAUGUAUGUACAGGCUGUUGUGUGCUUUUUGUUUCUUGCAAUAAAAAAAAUGUUUGGAGUGUA